AUGUAAUAAAAGAACAUGCUAAGGCAACUUAUAACAUUCAACCUAAUGCUAACACUUUAUUGAAAUCUGAAAAGAUAUCUUUUUCAAAAGCAAUAAAAAUUAUGACUGAAGUUUUAUACAAAUAUGAAGUAAUGCAAAAAUUAUUUGCAUUUUAG